AGACAAACAAGCGAAAUGGAUCAUUUAUUUCCCCGUGAAGAUUUCUCAGAAGUGGGAUCAGGAUCUGAUCUGGAUCGACGGCCAGUAGCAGUUUCAACUUCAUCUCAAGUUCCUUGGAAGGAGAUUCUCGAGGAGCAGAACAGAAUGGUUUCUCUUUUCCUUCAACAUUUGCGAAAGGAGAGAGACCAUUUUGACCUGCCGGAAUUCAAUCCGGAGUUAGCGGACUCCGACCCUAAGGUAUGGUGCACGGCAGUUAACGUGCUGAUGGACGAAAAUCCUUUGUCGGGUAGGCCUCUGUUGGUAGCCUUAACAAAAGCUUUGAAAGGGAGUGCUGCGCAAUGGCUGAAUCAAGUCACUGACAAAAAAUUGACGUGGCAAAAGUUUAAGGAAUUAUUUCUAAUACAAUACGACGUAGCAGAAACUCCGACGGCCAUCAUAAUUAAUUUAUUGGAAACGCAACCCUCAAAUGGAGAUUUUGUCGCAUAUGCCACCAAAAUGCUGACUUCACUUUCUACAAAGUGGCAAGAUAUGACAAAGGAUAAGAUCGCCAUGAGUUUAAUUUUAGCACACAUGGCUCGAAGCAACGAACGGUUUCGCAGAUUAGCGUACACGCUUGAAUUGAAAAGCAAAGAAAGUUUCUUAAAAGAAAUAAAGGCGGCGACCCCGACCAAUAAGAGACUUUAUCCUUUCUCAACACCGAGCACAAGCGCAUAUGAAGGAGCUAAGAUUGCGAGACGAAUGUUCCCGAAAUGUGUGCAUCGCGGGUUGACGAAUCACCAAUCAUCGGAAUGUAGACGACAACAUCACGGAAGAACAGACCAGGGCCUCGAUCGAAAUCUUCGAUGUGAGAGAUGUGGCACCACUCUUUCGUUGACGGUCGCGGGUUCGAUCCCUGCCUUAUCCACUGGUGUUUUUAGCGUAGGAGGGUUUAAGCCCCCUCACUACGUCAAAGUGGAGAUACAUCAAGGAGGUUUGUUUGAAAUAAAUUUCUGUGUAAUAUUGAUAUAAUAUUUCUCAUUCAUA